AUGUCUUUCGAAGACCCGUUUUUUGUAGUCCGAGGUGAAGUGCAGAAGGCAGUGAACUCGGCCCGGGGUCUGUACCAGCGUUGGUGCGAGCUCCUGCAAGAAGGUGCGGCUGUCGGUCGCGAGGAGCUAGACUGGACGACCAAUGAACUGCGUAAUGGCCUGCGCAGCAUCGAGUGGGACUUGGAAGACCUGGAGGAGACCAUCGCUAUUGUGGAGGCCAACCCCAGCAAGUUCAAGCUGCCAGCUGGGGACCUGGAGGAGAGAAAGGUGUUUGUGGAGCGGAUGCGGGAGGCGGUCCAGGAAAUGAGGGACCAUUUGGUCAGCCCAGCUGCUGUAGCUUUCAUGGAAAGGAAAAAUAGAGAGAUGCUGACGAGCAAGUCAGCCACCCUGAAGUCACCCAGCGACCUGCUGGAUGCCAGUGUGGUCUCAGCCUCUUCUCGCUACAUUGAGGAACAGCAAGCCACACAGCAGCUGAUCAUGGACCAACAGGAUCAUCAGCUUGAAAUAGUGUCUGGGAGCAUCCGAGUUCUAAAACACAUGUCUGGCCGCGUUGGGGAGGAGCUGGAUGAGCAGGGCAUCAUGCUGGAUGCUUUUGCUCAGGAGAUGAACCAGACCCAGACCCGGAUGGACGGGGUCCUCAGAAAGAUGGCCAAAGUAUCCCACAUGACAAGUGAUCGCCGGCAGUGGUGCGCCAUCAUGGUAUUGCUGGUGGUGCUUCUCCUGGUCCUCAUCCUGUUCUUCUCUCUCUGA